AUGCAGUUCAACGCCAACCGCGAGACCCGUCUGUGGAAAGGGUCGUCGGGAACCGGUCUUAAGGAGACGCCACUCGUUGGCCACCAUAUGACCAAUCAAUACGACGACUCCAUUAACUUCUAUACAAUCCCUCCCUUCGGAAAGAUAUCGUUAGAAGAGUCGGAAGAUAUGGUCGCCGAAAGACUUAACCUUCUUAUGGUUUGCGACGAAAUGCUCAAGAAUUUGGAGAAGACCUCAAACUUCAAGAGAAAUAAGACUUAUUUCGAAAGCCUUGAGAAUCGGUUACUGAACGCAGAGUCGAAGAACGAGAAGAACUUCUAUGCGAUGGGAAAACAAAAGUCAAAGAAUAUGGAAGUGAUUAACGCCCGAAGAAGGGAUCAAAUCUCGCACUUUCUGCUCAGAAUAUAUUACUGCAGAAGCGAUGAACUCAAGAAGUGGUUCAUAAGCCGCGAGUGCGAGAUAUUGAGGGCUCGACUCAUGGAUAACUCGAUUACCGCGGAUUUGCCAUCAAUUUUGGCUAAAAAUGGAUUCAAUUUCCAAGAAGUUCCAGAAGAAGAGAGAAGAAGACUAAUGGAUCAAAUCAAUUGGAACAACACUUUACGCCAAUCCGUCAAUAUUGUUGUCUACAAAAUACCAUUUGAGGAAUCGUUGGAAGCGAUUAAGACCCGAAAAGUUUUUCUGAAUGCUGGCAACGCUUACAUUAUGGUUCAGGACAUGGUUUCCGUCAUUUGCAGCAAAUUUCGUGCAGAACUGUCCCACUCUUUGGCUAUAAUGCAGUUAUCAUUGCAUCAGUUAGAAGAGGAUCAAAGACUUAUUCCUCGUCUGCAGUCACUUCACACUCAUAUCAUAGAGAACCGCAACAGUAGUGUGAAGACUGAGGACGAGUUGGGACGAGAAAUAGUGAGACCACAGAUGAUCGACGGCUUAUCCAAGGAGUCAUUCCCUCCGUGUAUGCAAAACACGCACGAAAUCUUGCGAAGAGAGCAUCACUUGAGACAUUACGGACGCCUACACUACGGGCUCUUCCUUAAAGGCAUUGGUCUCAGUCUUGAGGACGCGUUAGACUUCUUCCGCGAGGAGUUCAUCAAAAAGACAACUCCAGAGAAGUUCCAAAAGGAGUACUCCUAUAAUAUUCGCUAUAACUAUGGAAAGGAAGGCAAGAAAGUAGUGGGAAAGGCGUACAGCUGUCAGAAGAUCAUUAACGACAACCCGCCCGGAACUGCUGACACACACGGCUGUCCUUUCAGACACUUCGAUGCAAAGAAUUUGCAACAAUUCCUCAGAAAACAAAAUAUCAAUGAGAAUCAGUCACAAGAAAUUUUAGAGAUCGUGGCAAACGAACAGAACUACUCGAAGGCCUGUUCGAAGUACUUCUCGUGCAAACACUACUGGUAUCCCGAGAUGAAUGUCUAUCACCCGAACCAGUACUACACCGAGAGUCGAAAAGCAUUUAAGAUGUCUGCGUUGACUCCACCGGGAAGUGGCAACCAAUCGGCUUUAUUGACCGCAAAUGACAUGAGUAUGACUGCCAACGCAACCGCCGACUCUUUGGAUGAAUCCGUAUUUGAAACUGAAGAUGAAUUCGACAAAUCUGUGGCGGCCAUGGAUUUGGAUGUUUCUGUUGCGGAACCAAUUGCUUGCACUGAUAGCACAGAACCACAGGAAUAAUGUAC